AUGGCGACGAAAAGAGCAAAGACAACCCAACAACACCGGCUCAACAACAAAUUGGACGCCAAUAGCACGCCACCCGCUACUCCCCUACCGCCACCAGCAUCCCGGGACGACAUGGUCGUAGACGGACAGCCACCAGCCGGUUCUGCCACCACUGGACAAGCAACCAACACGCCCACCCCAAACACUGCCGAAACCACUCCGGAAGAGAUGGAGAUCUCACCGGAGCAGGAGAACGAGGUGCUAAGGGACAAAACACCUGAAUAUCUGGGGAAGGAUGACAACGAUCACGACACAAUAUAG